AUGUCUGGUGGUAAAGGUGGUAAAGCCGGUGGUUCUGAAAAAGCAUCUCAAUCAAGAUCAGCUAAAGCUGGUUUAACUUUCCCAGUUGGUAGAGUUCAUCGUUUAUUAAGAAAAGGUAACUAUGCUCAAAGAGUUGGUUCUGGUGCUCCAGUUUAUUUAACUGCUGUUUUAGAAUAUUUAGCUGCUGAAAUUUUAGAAUUAGCUGGUAAUGCUGCAAGAGAUAACAAAAAAACAAGAAUUAUCCCAAGACAUUUACAAUUAGCAAUUAGAAAUGAUGAAGAAUUAAAUAAAUUAUUAGGUCAUGUUACUAUUGCUCAAGGUGGUGUUUUACCAAACAUUCAUCAAAACUUAUUACCAAAGAAAUCAACAAAAGCUCCAAAAGCUUCUCAAGAAUUAUAA